AAUAAAAUAAAAAAAUAGUAAAAAAACACAGUCCCGUUUCGCUCUCAUUUCUUUGGCACUCACUCUAUCACAGUUUGUGAAGUCCAACCAUGGAAGCAACGCGAUUCUCCUUCUAUCACUUCCAUCAUCCUCACAACUUCACACCCAAACCCAAAGCACUUCCAGGAAGAAGACACGCAAAAACCGUCAACGGAAUUAGAACUAGGGUUUCAUUUUUUACACUCCCUACAUUAACCACAACAAAUUCACAUUCACUAAACCGAAUAGUUUCCGUUAACUUCUCCGACCGACUUCGAAGUGAUUAUACGCACGUCGAGACACCACUUUUAAGCGAAGAAGUUGUUCCGGAAACUCGCGGUGACGACGGUGAAGCAAUCGUUGCUUCUCCGAGCGGCGACAACUCGUUAGCCUUAGAGUUUAAACCUAGAACGUUUCAAAAUAGGUUUAUGAACUUUAUGCGUUUUGGUUCUGUUAUUAAUGGCGCUGCUGAAUCGUUUUUCAAGAGCGAGAUUCGGAGGAGAUUGUUUGUUACGGCUGUGUUAAUUGUGAUUAGUCGAGUUGGUUAUUUUAUUCCUCUUCCUGGAUUUGAUAGAAGGUUGAUACCAAAAGAUUAUAUGAGCUUUGUUUCUGGAUCAUCUGUUGAUGAACUUGGUGACUUCUCCUCUGACCUCAAGCUAUCUCUUUUCCAACUUGGAAUCAGUCCUCAGAUAAUAGCGUCCAUAAUUAUGCAGGUAUUCUGUCAUGUUGUUCCUUCUCUAGUUAAGUUGCGGAAAGAAGGUUUGGAUGGGCAUGAGAAGAUUAAGAGUUAUAUUUGGUGGAUGUCACUGGGAUUUGCAAUUAUGGAAGCUCUAAUAGUUUCUUUCUACUCACUUCCAUACUCAAUUUAUGCUGCUAGUUAUAGGUUCAAACAUGUAAUGGUGACAACGUUGUUGUUGGUUUGUGGGGCAAUGACUAUAACAUGGAUAUGUGAUACCAUAUCAGAAUCUGGAUUUGGUCAAGGUUCAUCUCUUAUCAUAUGUGUUGGAAUACUGACGGGUUAUAUGGAGACAUUACACAAAAUGCUCACUCAGCUUUCAGUGAGUUCUGUUAGUUGGUGGCCAUAUGUGCUUGCAGUACUGGGUCUCUUCACCAUAGUCACUAUGUGGGCAGUUGUAGUAACUGAAGGCUGCAGGAAAGUAAAGCUUCAGUACUAUGGUUUUAAACUUGCUUCUUCUGCAAGGGAGCAAUCGCCUAUUACUGAAGUGGAGCCCUAUAUUCCUUUCAAUAUUAAUCCAGCAGGGAUGCAACCUGUUCUUACCACCUCUUACCUCUUGGCCUUUCCAAGCAUUGUUGCUAGUCUGCUCGGAUCACCUUUUUGGGCGCAUGUGAAGGAAAUAUUGAAUCCUGAAACUUCUGUUGGUGCCAAACCGUGGGUCUACUAUUCCAUUUAUGCCUUCUUUGUCUUCCUGUUCAAUAUAUUUGAUAUUGCUAACUUGCCAAAGGAAAUUGCUGAUUACUUGAAUAAGAUGGGUGCAAGAAUACCAAAUGUUAAACCUGGGAAGGCCACAAUAGAAUACCUCUCAAAGGUUCAGGCAUCCACACGAUUUUGGGGGGGGCUAUUGUUAAGUGUUUUGGCCACUACUUCAAGUGUUCUCGAUCACUAUUUACGGCGAACCAAUGCUGGAUUUGCUAUUGGUUUUACAUCAAUUCUAAUUAUUGUUGGUUCCAUUAUUGAACUUAGAAGAUCGUAUCAAGCAUAUAAUGUGAUGCCAGGCUUAAGCAGUGCUCUGAAACGUUAUGGUGUAUAACUUCUGGAAAAGGCAUGCCGUCAGUCCACAGCGCUAUUUUGUUAAAACUUUGAGGAUAUGGCUUUGGUAAGCACCAGUGGUCAGAAUAUCAGUGUGCAGAUUUUUCAGUGUAAAAUUGAUCAGGACAGCCAAAUAUUUCCAAGAAACUUGGUUUUCUGGGGAAUUAAGUCUGGUUUGUGGGUCUUUGGAGUAUUGAGGUCUGUUAGCAUUGCUAGUAAUGUGGUGCUAAAUGCUGCUUGUUGGUGCAUGGUGGUUAUUGAUUCAUAAGCCUCAUUUUCUGAUUUCUUUCCGGAAGGAAUUUGUUUUAAUAAAUUUAGGAAAGUAUUUAGUUAGGUUAUAGUUGUAGCUGCAGCUGAUAUUUGUACAGGAAAUUAUGUGUUAUAGACGCGAUGUUGUAAUGUAAAAACAAGGUAAUGUAGAAGGUUAAACGCCUUAAAGUGGUCAUUUAUCUCCCCAAAAAAGAGCUUCGGUGGUAGGCGACAGUUGGUUAUAACAUCACUUUUUGUUGGAGAAUUUUUAUUUCGAAAUUGAUUGAUUAAUGUGAAAUUUAUUUGAAAAGGCA